ACAGUGGAGAACUCCACCCAAGAAAAAGAGAGUCCUUGAUUAAUCAAUGUUUUUUUGGGAUGUAGUCUAGCAUUCCUGGAUAAAAAUCGAUUAACUGUGUUUUUAAUGUUGCCGUUUUGCAAAACAAGGUAUUUUACAAAGACCUACUCUAAAACAUCACAACAGGUUUGGUGUGUUCCCGUGAACAUUGUAUGUGGGUGGAGGCGUUGUCAAUGUGUCCCAAGGAGGGGCAGGACAUAAUACAUCUGCAACUGGGGUGAUCAGCUGUGCAAGAGUAGUGCAAGAGAAAAGAGUGUCUAUAUAAUAUUUACAGAGGAAGAACCCAAAAAGAAAAAAGACAGGAGGACAAGGACAACACUUCAUCCAUCAUGGAAGGAUUUGAUUUACCUUUGACAGUGAGUCGACCAGAGCUGAUCGAUUUUGAAGGCAUCUCUAUGGUCCAUUACUUCACUGACAACUGGGAGAACCUUCAGAACUUCCAGGCAAGACCAGAUGACAUCCUCAUCGCCACCUAUCCUAAAGCAGGGACCACCUGGGUAUCUUAUAUUUUAGAUCUGCUCUACUUUGGCAGUACAGCUCAAGAGCGUCAGACCUCAUUGCCCAUCUACUUUCGAGUACCUUUUCUUGAAACGGCCUUCCCUGGGAUGCCUUCAGGGGUGGAGCUGGCAGACAAGUUGCCCACCACUCCACGCCUCAUCAAAACUCAUCUUCCCAUUCAGCUGGUGCCCAAAUCCUUCUGGGAACAGAACUGCAGAGUUGUCUAUGUAGCUCGCAAUGCCAAAGACACCGCUGUGUCUUUUUUUCACUUUGACCGGAUGAACAUGUCACAGCCCGAUCCAGGAGACUGGAAUACGUUUCUACAGAAGUUCAUGGAUGGAAAGAAUGUGUUUGGUCCUUGGUACGAUCAUGUGUGUGGAUACUGGGAGAAGAAGCUGACGUACUCAAACAUUCACUACAUGUUCUUUGAGGAUAUGGCGAAGGACACUGGGCGUGAAGUGGAGCAUCUGUGCUCUUUCCUUGGUAUAUCUGCUCCAAUAGAAGAGAGGGAAAGAAUUACAGAAGCCGUUCACUUUGAUGCCAUGAAGCAGAACAAUAUGACCAACUACUCUAAUAUUCCAUUCCUGGACUUCAAGAUCUCACCGUUUAUGCGCAAAGGGAAAGUUGGGGACUGGAAGAACCACUUCACUGUGGCUCAGAAUGAGCAGUUUGAUGAACACUACAAACAGAAGAUGAAGAGCACCACCCUGCAGUUCCGAACACAGAUUUAAGACAUAGUAUCUUUUAUGUUGACUAGGUUUAUUAAGCGCAUUUUCUUGUCUCUAUGUAUUGUUUUCUUUCUAUGUAUUUGUGCUGUUAUUUCAUUUAGACCAGGGUGUCCCAUCUUAUCCACAAAGGACCAGUGUGUUUGCAGGUUUCCAUUCCAAACAAGGAGAAGCUCAAUUGAUUCCCUCUUUGAUCAUGUGUGCUUCUGUUCAGUUGGAGCCACCCGCUGCCAGGCACACUGGAUUUGGGUCUAAUCCAAUUUCACCCCUUGCCCCUACCACUUAGUCCUUAGCCCCUUAGGUUUGUGCGUUUAAGGCUAAGGUUAGGGGUAGGGUAUCCCGAUUUAGAGAUAGAGGGGUAGGGCGAAGUGUUAGGGCUUCAUGGCCCUCCAAAGGAAGGUUUUUCAGAUUCCAAACAGAGUGUUAUGAGAAAAAAAGAAAAACCAGCUGUGCAAGAUGUGAGUAUGUCUCCGUUAAAAAUUACAAUAACAACUGUAUCACCUUAGUUUAAUGUCAUUUCAAUGUAUUAUAAUCCUUUUCUUCAUAACAAGCAUAAAA